CAACCAGAACCUCGGGGCGGAGCGUGGUCGUCCGCGCCGCCGAGGCCCUCGCCCUACCCUUCUGCCUAGCGAUUGGUGAAUUGGCAACUCUAGGGGCGGAGAUGGGGGGGGGGCUUCCCUCUCCUCCAAUGGAAAUGAGCAGGGGCGGGUCCAGUGGCGGAAGGAGCAUGGCGUGGAGACAUCUAAAAAAACAGGCCCGGGAUGCUUUGGUCAUCCUGGGGGGUGGAGGACUUCUGUUUGCUUCCUACCUGACAGCUACGGGGGAUGAGCGUUUCUAUGCUGAAUACCUGAUGCCAGCUCUGCAGAGGCUGCUGGACCCAGAGUCAGCCCACAGACUGGCCAUUCACUUUACCUCCCUGGGACUCCUUCCUCGAGCCUCAUUUCAGGACUCUGACAUGCUGGAGGUGAGAGUUCUGGGCCAUAAAUUCCGAAAUCCAGUAGGAAUUGCUGCAGGAUUUGACAAGCAUGGGGAAGCUGUGGAUGGACUUUAUAAAAUGGGCUUUGGGUUUGUUGAGAUUGGAAGUGUGACUCCAAAACCUCAGGAAGGAAACCCCAGACCCAGAGUCUUCCGCCUCCCUGAGGAUGAAGCCAUCAUUAACAGGUACGGAUUUAACAGUCAUGGGCACUCCGCGGUAGAACAUAGGUUACGAGCCAGACGGCAGAAGCAGGCCAGGCUCACAGAAGAUGGACUGCCACUGGGAAUAAACUUGGGGAAGAAUAAGACGUCAGAGGAUGCUGCUUCAGACUACGCAGAGGGCGUCCGAGUGCUGGGCCCCUUGGCAGACUACCUGGUAGUGAACGUGUCCAGCCCCAACACGGCUGGGCUGCGGGGCCUUCAGGGAAAGGCCGAGCUGCGCCACCUGCUGACCAAGGUGCUGCAGGAGAGGGAUGCCUUGCAGGCAGUGCGUAGGCCGGCGGUGCUAGUGAAGAUCGCCCCUGACCUCACUGCCCAGGACGAGGAGGACAUUGCCAGUGUGGUGAGAGAGUUGGGAGUGGAUGGAUUGAUCGUCACGAACACCACAGUGAGCCGCCCUGCUGGCCUCCAGGGUGCCCUGCGCUCUGAAACAGGAGGGCUGAGUGGGAAGCCCCUCCGGGAUUUAUCAACUCAAACCAUUCGGGAGAUGUAUGCGCUCACCCAAGGCAGAAUUCCCAUAAUUGGGGUCGGCGGUGUCAGCAGCGGGCAGGACGUGCUGGAGAAGAUACGGGCAGGGGCCUCCCUGGUGCAGCUGUACACGGCCCUCACCUACAAGGGGCCGCCCUUGGUCUGCAGAGUCAAGCGGGAACUGGAGGCCCUUCUGAAAGAGCAGGGUUUUGGCAAAGUCACAGAUGCUAUUGGAGCAGAUCAUCAGAGGUGAGGACAUUGUCUACCAGGAAGCCUGAUCUGGAACCUUUCUGAAAAUGCAAGCGAGCCUUCUUGGCUGGAUGGUGACAGGAGAGACUGCCUCAAGCCAUGUCCCCCAAUCCACAGCCUGGCCUCCCUGUAAAAGGCAAUCCUGGGGUCAUUAGCCUUCACAGCAGGCUUUCUUCAGUCCCUGGAUCAGAUCGUAAACUGCAUCUGUGAUGCUUUCCAGAUUCAAAUCCUAGGAUCCUUCAAUAUUGCAAAGACAUUGGAUAUUUGGAGAAAAAGGUCAUGGAAAAAAUAAAGCCAUUUGGAACCU